GAAGUUUUUUGUUUAUUCUGUUAAACAAACAUCAGAUAAUCAAACUGUGGGAAACAAACAAGCAGCUCCACAGACUCUCAGACUCUCAGGUCCUCCUGCCUGAAAACAAGGAGGUCAGAGAUCUGGAGCGGCUCACUCAGAGACGGGUGAACCAUGGGAGCUCAGGAGGGGGACGACUCCUCCGCUCCUCCGGCCGAGAGGAAGACGCGGCAGAAAACCUCCAAAGAAGUUUAUUUCUCAGUUCUGCCCGAUAAAUACGAACCCCUGAUCGAAGAGGAGGAGGAGGAGGAGGAGGAGGAGACACCAGAGGAAAGGAAGAAGAGGAAGGAGGAGAAGAAGAGGAAGAAGAAGAAGAAGUAUAAGAAGUACAGGAAGAACGUCAGGAAGGCGUUGUGUUUCAGUUGGCGCUGCCUGAUGGUCGGCCUACAGAGCUUUGCAUCCACUUACUCCACUCCGCUGUCCGCCAUGGCGACCGUGGUGACGGAAACUCAACGAGCUGCCGGCCAGAGAGCAUGAUGGGAGGGAGCG